AUGGAGAAGGAAGCUCACGAGAUCGGCUACGUUGACACCUCCGACUCCGCUGUUUCACGUCCCUUCAGCCGCCGACGCGACCGAUUCAUUACCCGGCUCGCCGCCUAUUUGACCAUCGUCGCUUUCAUCGGCUUGCUCGUCUCUUGGUCCCCGAUUUCUGUCUCUGACCUCAAUUUCUUUUCCUGCCAUCAAGGCAAAAGAUAUCAUGAUGGUCCUGCGUUGGUCUUGACGGACGGUGAGGAGGCGCUCUCGAUGCCUCCACUGCCCGGAACCUCCGCAGUGCAGGCCGCCAAGAAAGUACCCUUGGAGGCGCACAUCAUGAGCAAAUGCCCAGAUGCUCGUGACUGUCUACAGCAGCUUGUCGUACCUGCGAUGGAGCAAAUCAGCGACAAGGUUGACUUCAAAUUGUCGUUCAUUGCCGAAGUGUCUAACAAGUCCACGGACAUCCAAUGCAAGCAUGGCCCGGGCGAAUGCCUCGGAGACAUGCUCCUUCUCUGUGCGGCAAAUCUUCCUUUCCCACUACAAGGAGAUGAGGUUACCGUGAAUUCCAUGUCUGCGCGUACCCCAACCAUUCGCUCCCUUGGCUUUGCAAACUGUCUUGUCGGGUCGUACUCCAGGAUCCCGGAGCGUCAUCAUGUCGAGCAAUGUGCCUUGGAGCAUGGGAUCGACUUUGGCGCCUUGAACGCCUGUGCCAGUCAGGAAAAUGAUGAUCCCGGCCAUGGCAGCCAUGAGGCGCCGCUCAGUGGCCUCGCCUUAUUGCGAGAGAGCGCCAUCCACAGCUCGAAGCUUGGCGUCAAGACUAGCUGUACUCUGCGCCUCGAUGAGUCGGUCUGGUGUGUCCGCGAUGGCGGCGUCUGGAAGGACUGCGCGAAGAAUGGACAGGGCAGCAAAGUCUCGGUGCUGGUGGACGAAGUCAAGCAUCUAUGGAACCAGAUCAACUGAUUGUCUGACUGUAUGAUACGAUACCGAUGCCAAGUGAUGACUGAUGACAACUUGUUCCCUGUUCUUGUCGUCUUGCCGAUGUCUGUAACUAAUUGCUCUAUUUUGUCUACAUCUCUCUGACAUAGUAAUCUUGAAGCUUUUGAGGCUCUAUACACUCCCUACUCCAACGUCGCCCUUGCG